GCUUCGCCGCGGCCGGAUGUACAAGUGGGGUGGCCUGCGCGCCGGGGCGAAACUUGCAAGCUCCCCCUUUAUCGAGCUUGCAGAUGGCUGUGCCUUUUCGAUUUUGACGUGUCCCUCCGUGUUUCUUACCGUUCGUUCGUUCGUAUUCUUCGUGCUAUAAUAUUUCCGUCGUUUAAUUCAUCGUUCGCUUUAUCGUUCGCCACAAUCAGCAUCCCUCGACAUGCCCAGGAAAGUCGGAUUCAAUGUCGUCUAUGCCACGAGCGAGGAGGAUAGGCAUUCGUCGCUAGAACUUAAUGUUCACGGGCCAACGGUAAGAGGUUGGCAAAGUGCAAGAAAUUGCACAUAUCCUCAGGAACUGAUUCUACGUCUUCAUGGGCCCACGAAACUUACGAGAAUACAAGUUCUGGCUCACCAAUAUCUUAUACCUGAGAAGUUGGAGAUCUGGACAACGAGGGAAGAAAAUGCAUCCGCUUCAACGGAUUUCAGUUACCUGGGCUACAUUACACUAUCCGACAAUGCAUCGACCCUUUAUAAGAGCAGAGAGUUGAAAAGCGUGGCUCUUCCUGAAACGGAAGCGCUAUCAUUGAAGCUCAGGCUACACAAACCGCACAGUAACGCGCACAACACCUAUUGUCAGGUUGGUCUUAUUGCUAUAAAUAUACUUGGGGAGCCCUACGGCCAAGAAUUAACCGGACAGGGAGAUGCUCCAUAUAAUCCACAUUAUAUUUCACCUUACGACGAUCUAGCAUUUGAAAUGUAUGUUGAUCGCGAAGUGGCCAAAAUCAUAAGGCAAAUGGAAGCGAAAAAAUUGCUGGCGGUGGAAGAGGAAAGAUUCGAAUAUGCUUCGAAAUUGAAAGUGGCAAUGGAAAAUUUAAGAAAAGCAGGGGAACGACUGGGCAAAUACGAAUUGGAAAAGAAGUAUGCUAUAGCUUUAGAAGACUAUGAUAAGGCUAAGGCUAAAAAGGCUCAAGCUCAACAAUACAGACAGCAGGUCUAUCAAUCGUUGGAGAUAUACAACUUGCUCGAGGUUCACGGACCUGUAGAAAAAAAUAAUUUAUCAUGCGUGGAGGCAGAGCCAGAACAGACAUCGACUGACACAUGUGCUUCGAAAACAGUGACGUUGCCCGACGACAUCACAUCUCCCCCGAGAUUAGUUAUACCACCUAAUCGUAAUGGUGCCUUGUCACCUACUGGUCCUGCACAUCAACCGCCCGUGUCGCCUUUACAUCAGAAAUCUAAUAGUCCUGAAGUAACCGAUAGUCCUACGAACGGGGUCCAUGAAAAGCAGAGCAACUGUAACAAGGGAUCUCUUAGGAGAAAAACUAAAUCAGCGGGCCCGGCUCUUCGCUCAAGUUACGAGGCUUAUGAAGAAAGAACCAUUCCCGCUCUGAGACACUCACAUACGAAUGAAUUCACUAGAGAAUGCCACCUGGAUAGCUCAGAGAUCAAAGUUACCUCGAAACUUAACGAUAGAGAGAAAAAACAAGCUGCAUUGCCUAUCGCGGUCUUCGGGAUGGACAUGGUGGAGAAAUUUUAUUCGAAGCAAUUCACGGAUAAAGAGGAAGGACUAAUGCAACUGAAGGAAGAAUUAAAAACGUUCGAUCCGGAAGUAUCGAAGCAUUCUCCGAAUAAAACAGCCAGGGCAGCAAUUCUACUGUUGCACAGAGCUCUUAGAGACAAAGUCUUCAGCGUAUAUAGUUUAGCUGCACAACUUAUCAGAAUCUUCUUCGCUGAAUUUGCCACGGAUAGAGUGUCCUCAACUGAGAUCGCCAGAAGUGUCGAACGUUUGCUGCCGGAACUUCUGACAAAAUCCGGUGAUACCACCCCUAGGAUACAUAAUAUGGCAGUGCACACAAUCCUCAGUAUGGCAGACUGCAAAUGCGUGCGAGAAUUGCAUAUAAUACCGGUGCAUUUAACUAGGCCCGUCAACAGUAGCACGCAUCAAAGACUAGCACUAAGCAGACUAGAGAUGGUGGAGCAACUGAUACUGAGCCAUGGCAUUUCCACGGAGAAGCAAAGGUAUUGUAAUUGUUGUAGCGGGCUGACUUGUCGGACGUUAUCCGAAUUAGGUUCUUCCGGUUUACAUCAUCCAGCCGAGGCAGUGCGGAAGGUCUCCGAAAGGAUUCUUGUGUUAGUAUACAAGGUCAAUCCUCGACUGGUGCGAAAGCAAUUGCCGCCUGAUGACGAUAUAACUCGACGAAAUCUGCUAUAUCGUCAGCUCUUCCACGAAUUCGAUUUGAUCGAUCUUCAGAGGAAAAAGGAAGCCGAAUCCACCCAUAAAGCAACAACGACGCCUACGCGAACUAAAUCUACAGAAAAUAAUGUAACUAAUUUAACUAAAUCACCUUCGAGAUCGAGCCCGGUUGUAAGCACCGGAAGUUCAACGAGUAUUACGUCUCCGUCCGAGAACAGUAUUGAUCAUAAGGGAGAUAAGAUGUGCAUAUUUUGUCUAUCAAAAGGUCAAGUCUAUUCUGAAGAAGGUUUGAAUAUACAUUAUUGGAGAACUUGUCCUAUGUUAACAAAAUGUGAAGCAUGUAAGCAAGUCGUAGAAAUUUCUUACUUGAAUCUACAUUUGUUAAAUGAAUGUGAUAUGAGAAGUAAUUAUGUAAAAUGUGAAACAUGUAAACAGGCAGUUCAUGAAAAUACAUUCGAAAAUCAUAGACAAGAUAAAAAAUGCACAAAACCUAUAGAGGGAUACGAACGCUGUCCUCUCUGUUUGGCUUUGGUCAAUCAAAACAAAUGGAGAGAACAUCUCAUGGGAGAACAUCCAUGUAUAAAUAAUCCACGAAGCAAGAUUGGAAAAAGUUGUUCGAAAUCACCAUCUAAUUCACAAAAUCUUACCGGCAAGUUAACAUCGCCAACGGGUAGGGAUUACUAGCAUCAGGCAUCAACCUCGAAAUCAACGGAGAAAUUCGACAAGUCUUAGGAAGAAUUUUUAUUUUUUUCUUUUUAUAGUUUAUAUAUAUGUUAUGAGCUGUCCAGCUUUUUUUAUAUUUGU